GCCCAGCCAGCCUGCAGCAGUGGUCGGGACGGAGAAUGGUCGCUGUCCGGAAAGCCUAGAUGUUCAAAACCCCUGGAAUAGCCGUGCGCUGGAGAGGCCAGACCCGUUCACCGUGGAGGAUCGUCUUUAUUUACUAGUCUGAAGAGAAGGAGCCACGGUGCAAGCAUGGCAGUAGAAGAGGAAGGUCUCCGGGUUUUCCAGAGCGUUAAAAUAAAAAUAGGUGAAGCUAAGAACAUCCCUCCAUACCCAGGGCCCAACAAGAUGCGGGACUGUUACUGUACUGUCAACCUGGACCAAGAAGAAGUCUUCAGGACCAAGAUUAUCGAGAAGUCUCUUUGUCCGUUCUAUGGGGAGGACUUCUACUGCGAGAUCCCACGCAGCUUCAGGCACCUCUCGUUCUACAUCUUCGACAGGGACGUCUUCAGGAGGGACUCCAGUAUCGGCAAGGUGGCUGUGAAGAAAGAGGACUUGCAGAAGUACCACGGGAAAGACACCUGGUUCCAGCUACAACCUGUCAGCGCUGACUCAGAGGUGCAGGGAAAAGUACACCUGGAGCUGCGACUGAGCGAAGUCAUCACAGACAGUGGAAUUGUCUGCCACAAACUAGCAACACGAGUGUUGGAGUGCCAAGGUCUUCCAAUUGUCAAUGGCCAAUGUGAUCCCUACGCUGCUGUCUCCCUCCUAGGACCUUCCAGGUCAGAAGCCAAAAAGACCAAGGUCAAGAGGAAAACCAACAACCCCCAGUUUGAGGAGGUUUUCUACUUUGAGGUGACAAGGCCGUUAAGUUACACAAAGCGACAGUUUGAUGUCGAAGAAGAGGAUGUUGACAAACUGGCUCUGAGGGUCGACCUGUGGAACGCCAGCAACCUGAAGUUUGGAGACGAGUUCCUGGGAGGCGUGCGGGUUCCUCUGAGGGUCCUGGGCCAGGCUGGGGUCCACGAUGCAUGGUACUUCCUCCAGCCGAGGGAGAACGGAGGGAAGUCGGUGAAGGUAGAAGAGCUCGGCUCUCUCCGUCUGAACAUCGUUUACACUGAGGACCACGUCUUCCCCUCAGAGCACUACACACCUCUACGAGACCUGCUGUUACACUCUGCUAACGUAGAGCCUGUAUCAGCAUCCACAGCUCACAUUCUGGGGGAGGUGUGUCGUGAGAAGCAGGAGGCGGCCAUUCCUCUGGUGCGCCUCUUUCUUCACUAUGGCAAGAUCGUGCCUUUCCUGAGCGCCAUCGCUCACGCUGAAGUCAACCGCACACAGGAUCCUAACACCAUUUUCCGGGGGAACUCUCUGACUUCCAAGUGCAUUGAUGAGACCAUGAAGCUGGCAGGCAUGCACUACCUGCAAGUCACACUCAAGCCAAUCAUAGAUGAGAUCUGCACAGAACACAAACCGUGUGAAAUUGACCCGGUCAAGCUCAAAGAGUCAGAGAACCUUGAGACCAAUAGGGAAAACCUCCGUCAGUACGUUGACCGCAUCUUCAACGUUAUCACCACCUCUGGUGUUCGCUGUCCCACCGUCAUGUGUGACAUCUUCUUCUCUCUGAGGGAAUCUGCCGCCACCCGUUUCCAAGUGGAUCAAGAUGUCCGAUACACAGCAGUGAGCAGCUUCAUCUUCCUGCGUUUCUUUGCUCCAGCCAUUCUCUCCCCCAACCUGUUCCAGCUAAGACCACACCAUCCAGAUCCCUCCACCUCACGAACUCUCACACUCAUCUCCAAGACCAUCCAGACCCUGGGAAGUCUAGCCAAGUCUAAAUCUGCCAAUUUCAAAGAGUCUUACAUGGCUGCAUUUUAUGACUACUUCAAUGAGCAGAAAUAUGCGGAUGCUGUGAAGAAUUUCCUGGACCUGAUCUCAUCCUCUGCGAAGUGGGAUCAGAAGAGUAUUGAGACACCCAUCAUGCUGAAGGAGGGGAGUGUUAAACUCACUAUAAAGAGGGUUGAUGGGAAGGGGUCAAAAGGCACGAAGGGCAGAUUUAUGAUAAAGAGAGCACAGGGGAGAAAUCGGUUCGGUAUGAAGAACUUCAAGAAGAGAUGGUUUCGCCUCACCAAUCAUGAGUUUACCUACCACAAAACGAAAGGUAACGCCAAAGGUGAGGGAGCUCUGUGCAGCAUUCCUAUAGAGAACAUUUUGGCUGUGGAGAGGCUGGAGGAGGAGUCCUUCAAGAUGAAAAAUAUGUUCCAGGUCAUUCAGCCGGAGAGGGCGCUGUACAUCCAGGCCAACAACUGUGUGGAGGCGCGGGACUGGAUCGACAUCCUGACCAAAGUCAGCCAGUGCAACCGCAAGCGCCUGAGCACCUACCAUCCUUCAGCAUACCUCAACGGCCACUGGCUCUGCUGCAAGCUCUCCGCAGACACCGCUCCCGGGUGCACGCCCUGCACUGGUGGUCUUCCAGCCAACAUCCAGCUGGACGUGGAUGGAGACAGAGAGACUGAGAGGAUCUACUCCCUGUUCAGCACAUACAUGACCAAACUGGUUAAGAUGCAAGAGGCCUGUGGCAGUAAAUCAGUGUACGAUGGCCCUGAGCAGGAGGAGUACUCCAGCUUUGUCAUUGAUGACCCCCAGGAGACCUACAAAACCUUGAAGCUGAUUGUUUCGGCUGUGCAGACCUUGGAGCAACAGCACACCAAGUAUAAACGGGACAAGUUCAAGAAGACAAAGAUAGGCAGCCAGGAGCAUCCGAUUGGAGACAAGAGUUUUCAGUGCUACAUCCGCCAGCAGUCUGAGAGCUCCAACUACUCUAUCUAGCCCCGGCUCUGUCUACUGUUUCCACGAUGCCCAGAACCAGCAUAUUUUACUUGACUGCAAAAAAAAAAAAUUCCAUCUUGAAACGUCAUUGAGUGGUAAAAUCAUAUUUUUUGUAAAACAAGUAAAAGAAUUACCAUCGGGCUGAGAUAAUUUCACUUUUUCCCAAUGCAACUCAGCUCACUUGAAGAAUUUUCUUGAAUCGAGUCACAAUAGUGAAGUGAUUUAUUUCAAGAUAUUGCGACUUGUUUCAAGAAAUGUGUUGAAAACAAGCGACACUGCAUCGGAUGCAAACAGAGCUUGGUUCUCUUGUGUUAAAGAAAAUAAGAUUUUAAAACUCAUAAUUCCAGACUAAACGUCUUGUUUAGAUGGGCAUUUUUGCAGUGUUCCCAAGGUGCAUCACUCCAAAUACGGAGACCCAGACCUCAGAUCAAAGAGAGAGAAAGAGGAACAAUCGCGGAGGGAUGCGAAUGAAGAAUCAUACCAAGCAUCUGUUGGAGUCUCCUCUCCGUGAUGUGCUGAGAGAACAAAAGUUUUCACUGGACAGUUUUGACAGUGACCACGCACUUUAAUUGCCUCCAAAUCUAUGGAUGAACAAGCCUCGCAGCACACUUUAAAAAAAACAAAACAAAACAAACAAAAAAAAAAAUGCUUAUUUUACCUGUUUAAUUUUUAUUGGUUUUAAUGGUUGUUGAAAUGUUCCUUUGUAUUUCAAGUCUCACAGACCAAACCUGAUGGAAGGACUGUAUUUACCUUUGGGUAAAAGUUGUCCCAGUGUGUCUUGACUUUUGUCCCCAACCUCCUCAAGAAGGCGGUGAAGGAAGAGGGCACGAGAAUGGAUCACCGGGACCAACCAUAGCCCUUAGCUAUCAAACACACUCCACUGAUAACUGUAGCCCUCAUUUGCAAACUGUUUUAUCAAUGUGCUAACAGAUUUAUUGGUUCGAGUUUUAGCUUUUGAUUCUGAGCUUUUUUUUUUUCUGUUGUGUUUGGAAUAUCAUGUGUCACCCGCUACCUGCGUUAAAUAUCACAAAGCAGAAAAUAUGUGUUAGUGCAGCUGACCACCUGGUUCAUAGGAUGGUUAUUAGCUUUACUUUUAUUUAAUCCAUAUACUAAUAUGUUGAACGGUCUCAAGUUACGUCAGUGAACUGGACAGUGUAUUGCUGAUUAUUUUUUUGCCCUGUUGGCUGCCUGAAAACGGUGUUCUUCUGCUUUGUGAGUCAGCUAUUUCUUAUUUUGGAAACCGCUUCCAGUUGUUUAAAACCUAUUUGUACACAUUCCUCUGCGAAACUGCCUGCUGUGAAUUUCAUUGGUUAGCACCCCAGAGUCUAUUGAAGGUACAAGAGUUAUUGUUGUUAACCCGUUGCGUUGCUUUGUGGUUCUCAGUGGCACUCACUUUUCAUCAGCACUCACUCUCACCAAAUCAUGUGUAGUAUAGCUGGUGGUCGGCGAUGUUAGCCCGAACAGUGACUUGACCGCAUGACCAGCUGACAAGGAAACCAUAGAUAAACAACUAAUUUUGUAUUUCCAAAAAAAAAAAAAAAAAAAAAAAGAAAGAAAGAAAGAAAGAAAGAAAAAGAAGUACCUGGGUGUCUAUCAGUUAUGUAGCCUCAUGGGUGUUCCCGUGGUCAACAGGAUCCCAAACAGUGCCAGUCAUCACUUUUCUAGAAUUCUCUUUUUGGAAGAAGAAGAAGAAGAAGAAGAAAAAACAUAGCAAAAAUUAUAUUCAUUGUUUAAAUAUGUUUUUUAUAUCUCAAAACCAAUACUGUUUUAAUAACAGCAAUUAUUCCAAUGAGACAUUGUUUUCUGUCUUCAUCAAAGUAUGUCGCUCCACAACCUAUAUGGAGCGUUGUUGACAUAUAGACUCUGUUUUCUAUCUUUGUCUUGUCAUACAGGAAAUCUCUCUGUUUAUCUGAGCUGAACGAUUGAGAUGAGUCCUGGUGUAUGUUGAGCCGUGUGUGUGUGUGUGUGUGUGUGUGUGUGUGAGAGAGAGAGAGAGUGUGAGAGUGUGCAUUUCUCAUUAUGUGCAUGAGUGAUAUACGAGAUUGUUUAAGUUUGAAACAAACACUUUGACGGGUUGUAUUGCCAAUUGAAUUAAUCCAGUGUUACAGGAAAGGCAGAGUCCCAGUGGUUGUAAAAAAAAAAAUCAAAACAAAAAAGAAAAGAAAAGAAAACACUGCCUAUCAUACUAAAGACUGUAGUAGGAUUGUGAACACACUGUUACAGUGGACCAACCUCUACUCUUCCCUGAACCCCCCCCCCCCCCCCCCCCACCCAUUCUGUAUAGAGUCGCUGUUCCAUUUGAAAGACCCCUUGCCAAUAUUUUCUCCCAAGAGCUUUGAUGUAAAUAAUCCAGUCGUAUCAUUGAUGAAACAUAAAGAGAACAGCGUUGCUUUAACCUCUGAUCUUUGGUGAGUGUUUGUUUCCACCAUUUACUAACUCUCCUCAGGGUUAUCAAAAUGAAGCACUGCAUGUUUUGUUGCCAAGACUGAGGAAAUGUGGGUAAAAUAUAAAUCACGAGAUGAUUCUGUCAUUCAUCCCAACCUUGGUAUUCAUAUUUAUUAUCAUUUUUCAAUGUAACUUUCUUAGAGAUACCUGUUGAGUUGUCAUAGAUUAAUGACAACUCUUCUAUCUUGACACCCACAAAUGUGUGACUUAUGCAAUAAUGGCAUUUCAGCAUGCUACAAUAUUAACAACCCCUUAAAUAAAGCAGUCACAUUGUCUCGAUGCAUAAUAAUAAUAAUAACAAUACAUAUCUGCUGACUUUUGCAGUAAAAUUCUCAAGAUAAACACAAAGGGAGAACAGUGUAUUUUGUAUAAAUAUUUUAAAAGUAGUUAUAUGUGUACAUAAAACAGUUGAAUGAAUGGUGAACAUGUGAUGUGUUUUUCCUGAAUAACUAAAUGAAAACAAUAUUAAUGCAAA